UUGAAAGAAAAAUAUAGAUGAGGGUUAAUAUUAAUUUUUUCGCGGUAUCCCCAUCAUUGUCAUACAAAUAAAAGUGAGCAUAAUCGGGUUGAAAUUCCCGUUAGGUGCGAUUUAUUUAUUCUUUCUUCUAGAAAUUGAUUAAAGAAAAUGUCUACAAACGGCAACCGUAAACGUGCAGGAGCUGCAAUGAGCAGGCCAAAGAAAACCAAAAAGGUCGCCAAGCCCGCAUCUGAAGAUGAGGAUAGUCUGGAUUCCAUUCAUUCUGACCCUGUUCAGGAACAACAGUCUCUGUCACCGCUGCCAGAUGAACCAACUGUUAAAUUGCCAGAGGAAUUGCUUAAAACCUUCUACAAAUCUCCUGGACGCUUGAUGAUUGCUGGUAUGGUAUCUUGGGAUCUCGUAGCCAAGAGGGACAACAAUCCAUCUAAGAGAACACAUCCCAACCUCUACACCUUCCAUAAGUUUACUGAUCAAAGGUUCCGCCUCAUUGUAAGUGGUUGCAGUGCUGGUCACUCUGUUUUAGUGUCUGAAGAAGGGGAGGCUUACACUUUUGGUCGUAACCCGUGUGGUCAGUUGGGUUUUGGUGACACCACAACUCGUAAUGCACCGGAAGCUGUCCCUGGUCUGAAAGGGCUCAACAUCAUCCAUGCGGCUGUCGGCAGGAACCAUACUUUAUUUGUUACAGAUACGGGCACGGUAUAUGCCUGCGGUGACAACAAGAGUGGUCAGUGUGGUCUCGGGAACACUACACCUCAAGUCUUGAAACCAACCCGCAUAAGAUACACUGGGGCUCCAAUUGUGAAGGUUGGCUGUGGUGCAGACUUCUCCAUGAUCUUGGAUUGUAAUGGUGCAUUGCAUUCCUUUGGAUUACCAGAAUAUGGCCAACUUGGCCACAACACGGAUGGAAAGUAUUUUGUGACGUCCACGAAACUGUCAUAUCAUUUUGAAACGGUGCCAAAACAUGUGGCUUUCUUCUUUGAGAAGUCAAAGGAUGGCCAUGUCACUCCGGUCAAAGACGUUGACAUUGUGGACUUCUCGUGCGGAAAUAAUCACACUGUGGCCAUCGACUCGAAGAAGCGAGCGUUCAGUUGGGGUUUCGGUGGCUUCGGUCGCCUGGGCCACGCCGAGCAGAAGGACGAGAGUGUUCCGCGACUGAUCAAGUAUUUCGACUCCCAGGCGCGCGGCGUCCGCUCCGUUCACUGCGGCGCCACGUACAGCCUGGCUGUUAAUGAGCUCGGUGCCCUGUUUUUGUUUGGUCAGACCAAGCGUACUGGUGAGGCUAACAUGUACCCUAAGCCCGUGCAAGACCUUACUGGUUGGAACAUUCGCAGCGUGGGCACCAGUAACACGUCUAUAGUGAUAGCCGCAGACGACACACUCAUAGCCUGGGGCGUAUCCCCCACAUACGGCGAACUUGGUACGGGUGAAAUCAACAAGUCUACGGCUAGACCGAAGGAGGUCUCCCGCAUGGAUGGCUUGUGUGUGACUCAAGUCGCUAUGGGCUUCUCUCACACCCUUCUGCUCUGCGAUGACACUUCCGAAGAGGUGAAAACGAAGCUCGCUUCCAUGCCAACAUUCGAACCCUAAACAGCAAGCAUAAGAAACUAUUAUCUGAAUUAUUCCCGUUGUGAUGUCAAUUUUAAUGGUACCUCUGGUUUGAUUUUAUCUUUUGAAGCUUCUUAUUCAUGAUAUUUUAAAGUGUUAGGCGUCAUCCAUAAAGUACGUCGACGUGGAUAUUUACUGGCAGAAUCAAAGUUGUGCUAAGGCGCAUUUAAUGUUUCACUUUCGACCGCUGAAUUCGACUAUCGACCAUUCGAGGUAUCGUUUCUUGAUUUUACCACUAUCAUAAAACGUAGGUAGAACCUCUUCUUGUUAUCCUUAACGUAUGAAGUACUUUAUGGAUGCUGCUUUAGCUGUGUAAAAUGGCUCAGAAAUGCUCAGAAACUUUUUAACUUACAUAAUAUUUAAAAAACAGUACUUGUUUUAUUAUAUUUUGAAGUAUUGUAUUUCUGAAAGCUUUUUACUGAAAGCUACUAAGUUUUAUACCUCAUUCUUUGAUUGACAAUCAUGAUCAUCAUAAUUUUAGUUCUGUUUACAAGGUAGCAUUGCUUUACUUACCUCCUUACUUAAAAACGUUUAGUUGUCGUAAGCAUAAUCUUUACAUUAUAACCAUUUUAAAUCCUAAAUAAAGAUCUGUAUUUCAUUUCAUAAUCACCAGAUACAACCAUGCGUAUAGAAGACUGUUUAAUAAUAUUAGCAUAACAUUUUUAC